CGUUCACGCGAGAACACGUCGUCGCCGUUUGUGGUUAUCAUUUAAUGAAAUGAGUUCAUCUGGAGCACACAACUUUUCCGAAAUUGACAAGCUUCGCGUUCGGCAGUUAAAUAAUAUCGAAAUGACGUCAGGACAAAGCGUUUUCGCUGAUAGGGAAUUCAGUCAGACAGAGAUUUUAAAUCAGAUCGAAGGUGUAAUCCUGAGGAUAGUGACUAGUCUGUCUAAGGAUGAAGCUCCUGCUCUGGUGGUGCCAAACCGAUCCAGUUGGGCCAAUGUCAGCUUUAAUGACGCCAUUGGGCUUCAGAUGAGUUCAGAACAUUGUGUCACCACCAUCAGGAGCGACUGUCCUUCAUCCGCCACUAAAUCUGCACAAAUUCUGAAGAUCCUCUCUGUCAUCUACACACUUGUGCAGAGCAACUCCUACGCUACAAAAAGAGACAUCUUCUACAGCAACACUCAGCUGUUUAGUUCCCAGAGGAGCCUGGAUGCUAUAAUAGAUGACAUCUCCUGCAUGCUGAAGCUUCCCCGCAGAUCGCUACAUGUGUUGGCAACAUCCAAGGGCCUAAUCUCAGGUGAUCUGUGUUAUUUGGAGGCAGACGGCACAAGGAUUGACUGUCGCUCUACCUCUGCUGCGGUUUCAGUUUCAUCAAACAUCAGCGGCAUCACGAAUAUCGUAUCCUCGGCUAAGUUUGUCCUGAUAGUUGAGAAGGAUGCGACAUUCCAGAGACUCCUGGAUGACGAUACCUGCACAAAGCUCUCUCCUUGCAUCAUGAUCACCGGUAAAGGCGUUCCUGAUGUGAACAGCCGAUUGAUGGUGAGGAAACUUUGGGACACUCUGCACAUUCCCAUCUUGGCCUUGGUGGACGCUGAUCCUCAUGGCAUUGAGAUCAUGUGUAUCUACAAGUAUGGGUCGGUGGCGAUGUCAUUUGAGGCUCGCAGUCUGACCGUCCCCAGCGUAAUGUGGCUAGGCCUCCUCCCCUCUGACCUGCAAAGGUUACGGGUUCCCAGGGACUCCUUGAUUCCACUCACCAAGAGAGACGAAAGCAAACUGAACAGCCUGCUGAAGCGACCCUACGUAGCCAGUCAGCCAGACUGGCAGAAGGAGAUGGAGCUGAUGCAGCAGAGUCAGGUGAAGGCUGAAAUCCAGUCCCUGGCCUCCAUAGCUCCUGACUUCCUCACCAACAUCUACCUCCCUAAUAAGCUCCGCUAUGGAGGCUGGGUGUGAAGAUGCUGCACCCUGGUGGAAGAGCUAGAGAAGGUCUGACUCGGGUUCUACUUCUGCAUGGAUCUGCUGAGGCUGAAAAUGAUUAUCGGUGGUUGUGUGGAUUCUUAAUCUGUGUCCACUUUUCCAUUAUCACAAUAAAAGCCUUGUCAGGAUA